CACACCUUAUCUUCUCCCUUCGUGUUGAUCUGCAAACAACUCCCACCCAAGAAAAUAGCUUCAUGUCCUUUCUGUACCUCAUGAUUUUCAGAAACUUUUACCAGUCCAACUCACAACUCGAUACUUGAUGACAUAUUUCUGAAGAUUGUUGAUGCUGCUGCUGCUGCCUAAGGUUUUCUAUUCAAAUUCUGUUACAGCAACGGAAUCAGUAGAUUUUGCUUCAUCUUCGGUGAAUCUGAUUUCAUAAGGUUAAUCGUCCUUGAAUUCUGGUUACAGUGAGUCAUUGUGUGCUGAUUGUAGUAGUACAAAAGCUCGAUCGAGAGUUUUUGUACUAUUUGUUUUGGAUUUUUGAUUAAUUCCAAGAGGUUUCAGAGGAUGAAUCAUUGUGUUCCUGAUUUUGAAACGGACGACGAUUACUUCUUUUCAGCUUCUGCAAAUUCGAAAAGGCACAAGAAAUCUGCAAUGGGAGAUGAAGAUAUAAUGGAGUUAUUAUGGCAAAACGGUCAGGUCGUAGUGCAGAGUCAAAACCAGAGAUCCGCCGGCAAUAAGAAGUCGGAAACGAUGCCGUCGACCGCCGGAAGAGAGAUCCGAUCCGGUGUGAUUGACGAAGAAACGACGCCGUCUAAUUUGUUCAUGCAAGAAGAUGAGAUGGUCUCUUGGCUUCAUUACCCUAGCGACGAUAACUCUUUAGACCUUUACCUUCAUAAUAACGAUAUACCGUAUCCUGUUCUGCCGUCGUCGUCUUCUGCUCCGGCCACCACCCUCCCUUCCUCCCUACCACCGCCCCCGCCUCCGUUAGUUACCGUUCCUCCUACUCGGCCUCCGAUUCCUCCAUUGAACCGCGUGGAUGAGGAACCAAGCCAACCGAAGUUCGCAAACUUCUUGCAUUUCUCGAGGUCUAAUAAAAGAGGUUUAGCCGGAUCAGGUCCGUCAAGUUCGAAACAGAUGUCUCAGGCGAUAACGCAGUCGACGGUGGUGGAAUCAAACAUCGGAUGCCGUGGUAGCAUGAGUAGUUUUGGUGGUGCUGGAACAUCAUCGGCCGGAACCGGAAGGGAACCGGAAACUUGUGAUGUCAGCGCAUCGUCAUCUCCUGGUACCGGCGGCUCUGGAGCAAGUGCCAGCGUGGAACCGUCUUCUCAUAAGCCACCGCCGGCGACGGAUGAUCGGAAACGGAAGGGAAGAGACACCGACGAUACAGAAUGUUACAGCGAGGACCUCGAGUUUGAGUAUCACGAUCCAAAGAAGAAAUCGCGUGGAUCAGCGUCUUCUACCAAGAGGUCCCGUGCUGCAGAAGUCCACAAUCUCUCAGAAAGGAGACGUCGAGAUAGGAUUAAUGAAAAGAUGAAGGCUUUACAAGAACUAAUUCCUCGCUGCAACAAGUCGGACAAAGCUUCAAUGCUGGAUGAGGCGAUCGAGUAUUUGAAGUCGCUUCAGAUGCAAGUGCAGAUGAUGUCCAUGGGAUACAACAUGGUUCCUAUGAUGUUCCCAGGUGUCCAGCGAUACAUGCCAACGAUGCCUGCUAUGGGGAUGGGGAUGGGAAUGGGAAUGGGAAUGGGAAUGGAUCACAUAGGAAUGAACCGUGGCAUGGUUCCAUAUCCAUCGGUUCUUCCUGGUCCACAAAUGCCGAAUUCAGCAGCAGCUCAUAUGGGUCAACGUUUUCCAGUUCCUCGGUUUCAGAUGGCGCAGGUUCCCAUCAUGGGUCCAGGAACAGGCGAGGCGGCUAACCCCUCAGACCCGAUGAUGAACUCAUUUCCUACACAGAAUGCAAACCAACCACGGGUUCCAUUUCUAGAUCCAUAUCAACAAUGCCUUGGUCUCCCCCAAACACAAUUGGCACAACAACAACAACAACAGAAUCAAACAGGCAUGGCUGCUGUAACAAGUAAGCCAAGCAGCAGCAAAGAUGUUAGGUACCCCCAGCGGCACCCAACCGGCUGAUUUGUAGGACGGAAAACGGAUAACGAAUCUUUGUGCCUUUUGCAGGCUGAUAUUGAAGGGAGGUCAGUUUUGCGACUAAAUUUUGUAGUUAAAAAGGGCGAGAUUUGGGUUGGCUUAUUUGUAACAUAGUUGUUGACGUGUAAUUAUAGAAACAAAUAGACGUGUUUUUCUUUUAGUUAUUAUAUACGCAUCACGGUGAUUCCUCACUUUUUUCAAGAAAAAGAGAUGCGAAGAGAGAUUGAUUGUUUUAAGUAGCAGCAGCAGCAUUCAUUUGUGCAUAGGCUCCAAGCAAUGUCUACUUUUAAUUAUUAAAGAAGAGGUGGGUUUCAUAUGUA